CGCUGCUGGCGUUUCUCUGUUUGAGUUUCUGAGGUAAAAAGCUGCAGACACAUUUGAGCAAUUUAGCAAACCCGUCAAAUUCAUUUUGUAUGUUUGAGAAAGGUUAAAGUUCGAGGGGAUACAUCCCUGAAAAGCUAACUGUCCCACAAAUCCAUGUUUUAAAGACGAAUAAAGUGAAUGUGGCUCAUAAAGCAAGACCAAACAUUUCCUCCACAGACACUUCAGUGAACACCAUGCCUCUUCGAAAACCUAAACCUGGACAUGAGAUUGUCCAAAAGCCGGCCAUUGCCUCUCUCGCUGGGACCACCAAAGCAGUGUCCAUGUCCCAGAGGCCUCAACCUCCCAUAAAGCCCAGAUCAGGGAAGAAUCUGUCAGCAGGUGGAUCUUGUAAACCUAGCACACUUACCCAACAGGGUGAAGGUGCGUCGAAGAAAGCACACCAGUCCGCAUUCUGCAGCCUGGGAAGUUCUGAAAACUUUAAGGAUCGAGAACAGAAUGGAUUUGGAGGAGGAACAACAGAAUCAUUUUGGGAUGCUGUUACACAUCAAGCUCUCUCACACCAGAGACACACCAGCGGUUCUGGUUCCAGCAGAACACAAAGUGUCAAGUCCACCUCUGAACUGCUGAUGGAAGCUAGACUUAUUGCUGGACUGGAGCAGCCAGAUGAAUCCGGCCAGCAGAGGGCGACAGAGGAGACCCUGCGAGACACAUCAGUGAAGGAGAGUAGGCACACAGGAGAUGAGAUUAUUGGUACCCUGCAAAGGGAAGUAAGAAUUGAAACUCUCCCCACCUGUGAGCAAGUGGCCAAGAAGUGCAUGGGAUGUGAAUCUGGACAUAGAUGUCCUGAUAAUAAGGGGCCAACUCGAAGGGACUCCUCUGUACCACAGUUAAAUGUGUAUACAUCAGAAGAAAGAAGUUCUAGACCAGUGUGCCCUCCACCCGUGUCAUCUGGUGAUAAAAUGGCCGUGUCAGUUGAUUGUCAGGUGACUAAUGAAGAUAUAAUUAUGGCUCGAGGACACAGCCUAAAUCAGAGAGCAGAGAAGACAUCACAUCAGACAAAAACCAUUCAGUGUCUUUCACUUGUAGCAACGUGGAAACCUAAAAAAGAUUAUAGAAGUGCUAAGAGCUAUAAAACCAUCCAUCAUUUUUGCACCACACCUGUCAGUCAAAUUGUGCCUGUGGAGCUACGACUGGCAUCCAGGUUCUGCCACACUCAAAAUCUGACCGCUGCAACACCUCAGUUAGACCAGCAGAUGGCAGCACCUGGACGGCUGUCUCAUCCUGACCUAAAGAGGCUGGUGUGUGAAGGUGUACCCGCUGAAUCUGCUGUAGUCUGGGAACACACAGACUGUAUUUCACACAUACCAAAACAGCCCUCGAAUACUCUGGCGGAUUGGCAGAGAAUAGCAGAGUUUUAUGUGGAAAGACCACGGAUUGUAAUGUGUGGACGUGCUGCAACACUGUGUGCCAGCGAGCUCAGAAUGUUCUGGAAUCCAGCACCUCCUAAAUUCAUCUGUGCUCCGUGCGUGUUGAAAGAAAAACUCUUUCCUGAAUAUCAGAUUACUCGGCCUGACCAGUACAAAGAGAACAUGAUGGAUCAUGUGGUGGGCUCAGUUAGCCGUGAGACUGUUGCGAAACAGAAAAAUGUCUCGUCUUAUCAGUGCAGAUCUUUGCCAGAGUUGGAAAUGGCCUCAUUUGCUUCUUUUGGGAUCGGCGCAAAUGAACAGGCCAGACGGCCCCACUCUGCCCCGCACUUAACCCCGGAUCCUGAGCCCUUUCUUCAGCUGCGGUCUGACUUUACCAGCCUCUCGCAGGAGCUGGAACAUGUGCGCUUACAGCAGCAGAAGUCAGCCUGUGCCGCUCUGGCUGGAGAAUCCCUCUCCAAUGCCAGACAGGCUGAGCUCCGGGAUGUUCGCACUUGUCCCAGCUCAUUAGAGGGGCCCUGCCAGUCCCCGAAUCACAGGAGAAAUACACGCAAAUGCACAGACAGGACAAGUUUCCCCUGUUAUAAACAAAAUGCUGUUAAAAGGGGAAAGAAACUGAGCUCUGUUAAGAUGGCCUACGUUCGCAAAACACUGAGCGAGACGUCGCGAACACUCGAAAGGAGUGAGUCUUUGUGUCAGUUACCAUGGAAGCCCAAACCAUCUGAAGGUCCGUCUACACCCUUCAACCGCCUCAGUCUGCCUCUGCUACUCGAUUUUGAGAGCUUUGCUGUAGAUCGUGGUGGCAUACCUGACACAGCGCCACCCAGAGAGUGGGUUCGAGACUUAUGGGAAGCCUGGUUCGAUGAGCUUUUUCCACCUCUGGAGAAGAUCCAGAGUACAGACUCAGGUGGUCUGACAGCAAACAAGCCCCCACAGGAGCUGGAUAGAGUGGAUCUGUGUGAAGUUCUGGAGGAAUGUCUCACUAUAGCGGAUUUAGAGCGUGAGGUAGCCAAGCUAACUCAAGUUAUGACCGAACGUGGGACUCGCAGUGCCUUUGACUUGUGUCGGCGUGGAGCACUUCAAAUUAAACUUGGUUAUCUCAACCAGGCCCUGGAAGAUCUGAACGGCGCCAUCUCUCUGGAGCCCUAUUUACUGGAUGCCUACUGGCACAGACACAACGUCUACCUGCUGAGAAACGACCCCAGUCGAGCCCUGGCUGAUCUUGACAUCAUCAUUAGGAACAACAAGAUGCAUUCAGAUGCCUUUAUGUCUAGAGCAGAAAUCUUCAAACAAAGAGGAGAAACUACAUCAGCUAUAAUCAGCUACACACAAGCCAUCAAUGCCAAGCCAGAUAAAGCGGACAUUUACUUCAGAAGAGCACAGCUGUAUGAGAAGACAGAUGAAAUACUGCUGGCCAUGGAAGACUAUGCUAAAACGUUCGCUGUUGACUCGACAAGGACAGAUGCUAUGAUGAUCUGUGGAGUGCAGCAUUUCAACAACUCUCAAUGGACGAUGGCUCUGGAUGAUUUCUCCUUACUGGUGCAGCAGGAACCAAGGAAUGCUGUAGCUAGGACAUACAGAGGAAGGAUCUACACUAAGCUGGGCCGCUUUGAGGAGGCUAUCGAGGACCUUUCAUUGGCUAUGCACUUAAAUCCCAGUGACUGGUUGGCAUUUUACCACAGAGGCUUCCUGCUGAGGAAGAUAAAGCCUCAGAUGGCCUUGAGAGACCUCAGCACGUCUGUUCUCAUCAAUGACAGCGCUGAAAACCUGAGAUCUUUCCUGCACCGCGGCCUGCUCUAUGCUCAGUUGCGGCUCUGGCGACAGGCCACGGCUGACUUUGAAGCUGUGAUCAAACUUGACAGGUCCGUGGCUGUUGCUUAUGUCAGUUUGGGGCUCAUCAGCAUGUUGAAAAUGAAUCGAAAUUACGAAGCCAUCAAAAGGUUCAGUGAUGCAUUGAAAGAAGAUCCCAGCUGCGUAAGAGCAUGCGUGUGUAGGGCCAGAGCUUACUACAACGUGAAUAAUCUGAGUCCAGCCGUAAAGGAUUUGAGUCGAGCGAUACACAUGAACCCAGAUGCCCAUGACCUACACAUCAUGAGAGGGCAGUACUUGUAUGAAAUGGGACGGUUUGACCUGGCUCAUCUCUCCAUACGAUAUGCCGCUGAAAUGAAGACAGCUCUGAGUUUAUCGGCGGUCCAGCAAGCAACUGUUCAAUCGUUCCUGGGGAACGAAGCCGAAGCCAUCGCCUGCCUGCAGGAUGCGGUCGAUACACGACCUUUACUUCCAGCCCUCAUUCUUUUGGGAAAGACACUGAUGAGGGAACACAGGUUCACAGAAGCAGUGGAGACUUUGGGAAAAGCUCUGGAAAUGCUGGAAACCAAUAAAGCGAAACGCUCUAGUGUACAAAAAGCUGCAGAAGUCUUCCAUCUUAUUGGCGUGUGCUGCAUGGCACAGGUGCCUCUGUUACAGGAGAGCAAAGACUCUCUUUUGGUCCAGGCUUUAGAUGCUUUCAACAGUGCUGUGAGCAUGAAGCCAGACCUCGCUGAAGCUUACCAUCAGAGAGGACUUUGUCGCACGUACCUACGAGAUUCAGCGAGCGGGCAGGACUUUAAUACAGCACUGCGCAUAAACCCCAACCUUUAUCAGGUACAUUUAAGCCGGGCUGCCCUUUAUGGAGCUGAAGGGCGAUAUGCAAAGGCCGUACUCGACUGUAAUGAAGCUAUUAGAAUCCAUCCCAAGAGUGUCAAAGCCUACUUAUAUAAAGGAGCUCUACAAAUCUAUCUGAAAGCAUACAUGAAAGCAGUGGAGGAUUUAUCUGUGGCAAUCCAGAUGGACCCCGCGUGUGAAUUUGCUUACUACAACCGUGGUGUUUGUUACCAGAAACUGCAGGAUUAUGAGCUGGCGCUUAGGGACUACAGCGUCGUGCUGCUCCUGGAUGGAGCCGAGCUUGAUCUCAAAGUGUUGAUAAACCGUGGCCUUCUGUAUGUGGAGUUAAAUGAUUAUAGCGGUGCCCUUCAGGAUUUUUCUGCUGCAGCACACGAGCGUCCUGAUGAUGCAAUAAUUCACCAUACACUGGGUGUGAUCCAUCACAGGCUUGGACAGUUGGAGAAGGCUUUUGGCAGUCAUGGCAUGAAGCACGCCCAGAGAGACUUUCUCACUGCUCUGCACCUCAAUCCACUCUGUUUAAAUGCCCGCAUCGGCCUGGCAUACAAUUUACAGGUUUUGGGAUUCUUCCUGAGAGCCUGGAAUCAGUUCACUGUGGCGAUGGAGGUAAACCUCAAAUGCUGGACGGCGUAUGAAGGCAGAGCUGUCGUCAGUGUGCAGAUGGGAAACCAGUUUGCAGCGCUGCAGGAUAUAAACACCGCUAUAGAGGUUUAUAACCCUCACUCCGAGCUGCUUUUUACAAACCGAGGUCUGAUCCAGCAGUUAAUGGGGGAUAAAUUCAGCGCCAUAAAGGACUAUCAGAAAGCCAUCAGCCUCAAUCCCAAAUACGCUCUGGCACACUUUAAUGCUGCUACUCUCUUCUUUUACAACGGACAGUUUGAGCAGGCGUGUGAGUUCUACAGCAGAGCUUUUGAACUGGACCCAUCAGAUGAGUCCGCCAUCCUGAACCGAGCCAUCACUCACGGGCUGCUGCGGAAGAUUCCUGAAGCACUGCAGGAUUUCAAUGAGACUCUGCGCCUCAACCCGCUCUCUGCACACGUGUACUUUAACAGAGCCAAUCUUUACUGCUCACUCAGACAGCAUCAGUCAGCUGAGGAGGACCUUACUCAGGCUCUGCGGCUCCAGCCAGGUGAUGCCCUGCUCUAUAAACUCAGGGCUGACGUUCGGGCACGUUUAGGGUGGACUGAGCAGGCGUUGGAGGACUACAGGACCGCAGUGGAACUUGAAGAACCCGAAGCAUGAAUCUUGAUGCUGCUCGGGGGUUCUUUAAAAUAAAUGAAGUGAAACUUAUUAAAGCACUUUGAUGCAGUUAACAGUUUUUAAUGUUUUAUUAUGUCACAGGUUUUUGCUCACAGGUUAGCGAAAUGAGAGGGUAAAUUAAUGACAAUGAAUUUUCAAUUUUGGGUGAACUAUCCCUUUAAAACAGGUGGACGGGUAAAAGUCGUUCUUUUUUCAAUUCCAGCUAUGUUAGUACAAACAAGUUGUGAGAGUCUGACAUAAAGACAUAAACCGGGUGUUUAGGAAUAUCAUUACAACACUUCAGUAAGUUUUAUGUGUCUAGCAGCACAUAAAAUGAUCACAAUAAAAUGAUCACCUGUGAAGCAAUGUCUUGUUAGGUUAGAAACUCAAUUCAUUCACUUAUGAAUCAAAUUCCAAAUGACUGAUAUCUAUAGGUCAUUUAAUGGGCUUAAAUAGAUGAAGAGUGAAAGAAACACCUGCUGAAUGAUAUAGAUCCUCUCCA